AUGUCGUUGUUCUCAAAAGCGACCUUUUCAGCCGCAGGCUAUGCCGCAGCCAGACCGGCGUACCCUGCAAGUCUGUUCAAAACAAUCCUCGCCUAUCACAAUGUGCAAUUUGCCUCGGGCAAGUUGAUAGAUAUCGGCUGCGGCCACGGACUGAUUGCGAGAGCAAUGAGCCCUCAUUUUUCCGAGGUGGUGGCGGUCGACAUGAGUCCUGGCAUGCUGAAGCAAGCAGCUUCAAUGACGGAUGAUCCGAAAAUCACGUUUCGCCAGGCCAGUGCCGAGGACUUGUCUUUCGUGCCCGACAGCUCCGUCGACAUGAUUGUAUCGGGCCAAGCUGCGCACUGGUUCGACUACAACAAGGCCUGGCCAGAGUUGCGUCGGGUGCUGAAACCUGGCGGUUCCCUUGCAUUCUGGGGCUACAAGGACAGUGUCUUUGUCGGACACGAAAAGGCCAAUACCAUAUUUCUCAAUUUCUGCUACGCGCCAGAAGACGUGGAGCCAGGAAUGGAAGGCAUGAAGGCUUACUGGGAGCAACCGGGACGCGACAGGCUCCGCAGCCUCCUUCAGCAAGUAGUGCCUCCGGAAAAUGAAUGGGGAAAUGUUCGGCGGGCUCUUUACGACAUUGACCCUGGUUGCUCGGAGAUGCCCGACUCUGAAACAGCCUGGAUGCAAAUGAGAAUCAACCUAGGCCAGCUAGAGGCUUAUGUCCGCACCUUCAGCGCGUUUCAGGGCUGGCGCGACGCUCAUCCAGAACUGAAGAGCCGAGCAGAGGGCGGCAGCGGCGACUUGGCUGACAUUCUGAUGGAGCGGAUAGUCGAAUCGGAACCGGAAUGGAAACGGCUCGGCGAUGGCUGGAGGGAUGCGCCGGUCGACACGGUGUGGGGAACGUACAUUCUGAUGGCAAAGAAAAAGUAG